AUGGCUUCGGACUUUAAGGGAACAAGCGAAAAGUUUCGCAUGAAUCUAGUCAGUCAUGAAGGACAAAACGAGCGUGUUGUUGUCCAGAUAGGCCUGGACGGCUUGAAGUUAUUGAAUGCCUCCGACAACCGGACGAUGCGCGCUUACGACCUCAGUCACAUUAGUCGAUGGCAGUCCCGCGGUGGUAGCUUAAUAAUAUAUACAAGGACUCCUGUGGAUGUGGAGGAACGGCAAACAACCCUUUCCGCAGAUGACAAUACUGUCCGGAGUGCGCUGGAUACGUUGACCUGCUGCUGCAUGCAGCUCGCGGAGCUUCUGCAAAGCAGGCAAACAGAAACUGCGCAGGAGACGGCCAAUAAUCUGCACGCGCUGGUGGUUGGGGGUGGCAAAAAAAAGACGCAGCUUCCAUCCGCUGACGAGGUUGAGUACUGGCGUAGCCCGGAUAAGGCUGGCUGGCUACAGUCGCAAGGCGACCACCUGAAGAACUGGCGGAACCGCUGGUUUGUGUUGAAGCAGGGCUACCUCUUCCGCUUUUAUAACGACAAGGUUACCGAGGCCACCAAGCCACGUGGCGUGGUUGAUCUUAGCAAAGUCCAGGAUGUCAAGGUCCUCCCCGGCCGCGCUAACACCAUCCAGCUUAAAACAACUAGCGGCGGAACCGUCUGCUACAUCGCAGGCAGUGAAACUGAGGUGGUUGAGUGGGUCUCUGCGAUGGAGGGCGCCAUGCAGAAGAUUUGCAAGCACAUCGCGGGCGUUGAGGAUGAACCGCCUGCCCCCCAGGCUAAGGCGCAGCAGCCCAAGAACCCCUCCGAGUGGCUCCGACAGCUGGAAAAGAACUUUGAGAGCAGCGGGGGCACUGGUGGCGUCGGCGGCAGCGGCGGUGCCGGGUAUAACAGAAACCUUGGGAACACGCUCGUUAACGUGGUGGGGUACGACGACGUGCCCAGCAGCAGCGGCGGCGGUGGUGGUGGUGGCGGGGGCGGCAGCGGGGGCUAUCGGGACACAUACCGGGACACGUCACCAUACGCUGUGCUCAACAGGCAAUACAGCAGUGGCUACACGCCAAUACAAGGUAUUGUGACAGCCUUGCCGCGCAAGCCGCGUACAGAGGAAGGGCGACGGGGGGAAUACGGGGUGCUGGACGUGUGUGCGGGUAGGUGUCGGGAAAUGGGUACUGUGAACGGUGGAAGGAAGGUUGAAAUUUGGGAAGGACUCGGGGUACUCGGUACUCAGGAAGGUCGAAAGCAUUCGUGUGCCGCGGAGUCCCCAGUUUCUUUCUCCUUCACUGUGGUAAUCUGGGCCACAGUGAGCGCUAGUUCGCUGCUUGCUCGCUGCAGUACUUGUGCCGCCGCCUGCUUGCUGCAGUUUUCGGGUCACAACAUUGGGUCGUUGGGUCGCUCGGGACUCUUGAGGACUUUCCGUGGGGGCCCUGGAUCAGCACUACUCAUGUCAUGGGUACCGACGUUACCGCACGCAGGAAUGGCUGGCAUUGCCGGUGCGCAAGCCCUAACCAGCGAUCUGGAUCUGAACUACGGAGGUGGAGGCGGCGGUGUUUCGUCCCAGUCCAGUUACGGGCAGCAGCAGCAGCGGCACUCCUAUGCUCCGGUGUCGAUGCCUGUGCAGCAGCAAGCGCCACCCAAUGGCGCCAGCGCGUAUGGUGCACAGCAGUACGGAUAUUCGCAGCAGCAGCAAGCAGCUGUGUCCCUCAUUGACCAGGUUCCCCCGCAACAACCAGCCUAUCCCACCUACUUCCAGCAACCCGCCAUGCCUGCCCAGCAGCAGCAGCCCCAGCAGGUGCAUUACACAGCCGAGGGUCGCCCGUACUAUUACAAUGGGGCCACCGGUGUAACGCAGUGGGAGCCUCCCGCUGGCUACGCGUAA